AUGGGCCUUUUCAAAAUCCUCGCACCAUGCACCCCGGCCUUAGCUGCGGCUCCUGAGUUCCAGCAAGAGGAUAUCAUCACCCGUGAUGGCUGCAUCUUGAGAGGCGGUGCCACCGGUUCCUACGCUGCCAUGCAGCUGGUUGAACGAGGGCACUCAAUGGCGGUCCUGGACGAUCUCAGGCGCAUGGGCGAUGCCGGCACUUACCUGAUUAACAAGAAGCCCGAGUACGUCGCAUUCGAUUCGCGUUGGCCGGCCUCGAUCAUGGCCCCCCAGAAGAUCUCAGCUUUGGAGCUAUACCCGCUCCAUCGUCGACGUGAUGACGGCUGA